UGAUCCAGUUAAGUUGUUUCCACAAAUCUGAUACACAACUUUGACGUGCAAUCUCUUUCACUGAAUCACUGGUGUCCACUGAAAUCAAUUAAUUUUCAAUGAACAAGAUGGCCAAAAUCCAAAGCUCACCAGAUCUGCCAUGGACCGUCAGCCUUUUCAUCUCCGCCGUUUCCUUCGCAGUCGACACCUCUUGCCGCUCAAACUUCACCGUCAACCGUCGCCUCUGGAACUUGCUCGAUUACAAACCCUCUCCCUUAACAAAACCUCACAGAAACCUCAAGAGCUCCGACGUCGUCGUCGUCGGCGACGGCCCUUCCCGCAACCUCUGGUUCCGCCUAUACACUCCCACCGCCGCAACCACCAAGAAGCUCCCCAUCAUCGUCUUCUUUCACGGCGGCGGGUUCGCCUUCAUGUCCGCCAGUUCAAAACUCUACGACGAUUUUUGUCAACGCCUCGCUCGGGAGCUCCCCGCCGUCGUCGUCUCCGUCAACUACCGCCUCUCGCCGGAGCAUCGAUAUCCCUGCCAGUACGACGACGGAUUCGACGUCCUCAAGUUCAUCGACGGCAGCGGCAGCAGCAGCAGCUGCUUGUUCGAGGGCGCCAAUCUCGGACAGUGCUUUCUGGCCGGGGACAGCGCCGGCGGGAACAUAGCGCACCACGUGGCGAUCAGAGCCAGCGGGCACGAGUUCCGGCAGGUAAAGGUGGUGGGAAUGUUGGCGAUUCAGCCGUUUUUCGGCGGAGAAGAGCGGACGGAAUCGGAGACGAGACUGAAAAAUAUGCCGCUGGUGAACAUAGAGCGGACGGACUGGAUGUGGAAGGCGUUUUUGCCGGAGGGGUCGGAUCGGGACCAUCCGGUGGCGAAUGUGUUCGGGCCGAACGCGGUGGAUAUAUCGGGGGUGGAUUUUCCGGCGACGGUUGUGUUUGUUGGGGGCUUGGAUCAGUUGCAAGAUUGGCAGAAGAGGUACUACGAGGGAUUGAAAAAACGCGGGAAACAAGCGGAGCUGGUGGUGUUUCCGAAUGCCAUUCACACUUUCUAUGCUUAUCCCGAGUUGGAUGACUCUUCUGUGUUUAUUCACAAAGUCAGGGAUUUCGUACAAGCGCAUGCAACUGAAACUCAACAUUAAUCAAAUCUCACUCAUCAAAAUUAUUCCAUGCACGUCUUUUAUUAGAUAAUCUCAAUCAUUGAUAUUAUAUUAUCAAUAAUAAAAAAGUGUAUUUAAUGUUAUCCAGCUGUUCAUUCGUGUUGGUGCAAGUGUACGUCGG